UUGCGUAAUUUUACACAGAAAAUCUCCUCCAAUCGUUCUUAAACUCGUGCUGUGCGCUAGUGCUAUCGUAUUUUCGCUUGUAUAACUAUAAACCUGCGUUAUAUUCGUUGCUAUAGUGAGUAAUAAGCGCGUUCCAAGUUUGAGGUUAGCUCAAUUUUUCCCGAUCAAAAUCGCUCGCCUGAUUACGAAAAAGGUGUUUGCGCAAAGCCUUCUUCGCUAGUACCAGGAUAAGAUCGUUUUACAUGCGUAUUCGCACGUGCUGGUGGUUUAUUUAAGCGGAAAAAUCAUCUUGAAAAGUCGUCCUUGCAAAAUCCCAAAACCCAACCCAUCAAGGCGGCGAAUUCGUGCAUGCGUGUGUGCGUGUGUGUGCGGGAUCCGAUGUUUUGACGUUUCGUGGUUGUCAUCCAGCCCCCCGUCGCCAACUCGAUCCUCGCUGCUUCCACAUCGCGCACAAGAAUUGCCGUAUUUUGUUAAAGAGCCUCGUAGUUUUUACUUUAGAAGUUAACUUAGUCGAAAAGUUAUCACGCGCGUUUAGUGUGUAGCUAUGCGAUCAUCAUGAACGUGCAGGACGGUAUUAAUGCUGCCUUUUCGGUGCUCGUUUCGGUGUUUAUCGUGAUAGUGUUGGUUUGUUUAGGCUGGUACCUGGUCUGGAAACUGUUUCUCUCCCGCUUCAAGCUGGUCCGUGAGCUGCUAGGAAUCGCGCAAUCGAACGAACACACUCCGGUCCACAGCAGCAGCACCGGUUUGGUGGGCAAAGAGUAUUCUGCGCACACUGGUGGAGGCGCAGUUAAUAGUACGCUAGCAGCCGAGGGCAAGACGCGGGUACGUCGAGUACGGCGUGAUUAG